AUGGUGGCUUCCCCAGGAGCCCAUGAGUGGGAUAUAGAGACAGGGAAGUGUCUGAAGACAUUUAAACACAAAGACCCCAUCUUGGCCACCAAGAUCAAUGACACCUACAUUGUGAGCAGUUGUGAGAGAGGGUUAGUCAAAGUGUGGCACGUUGUCUCGGCCCAGUUGGUAAAGACUCUCAGUGGCCACGAGGGAGCCGUGAAGUGUCUCUGCUGUGACCAGUGGCACCUCCUCUCGGGAAGUACUGAUGGCCUGGUCAUGGCCUGGAGCAUGGUGGGAAAGUACGAGCGGUGCCUCAUGGCCUACAAGCAUCCAAAGGAGGUGCUUCACGUGGCCCUUCUCUUCCUCCGGGUCAUCAGUGCCUGUGCUGAUGGCAAGAUCCGCAUUUACAAUUUCCUCAAUGGGAACUGUCUGAAGGUGAUGAAAGUCAAUGGCAGAGGUGAUCCUGUGCUGUCCUUCUUUAUUCAGGGCAACAGGAUGGUGAUCAACACUGAGAGCAAUAUUCUCAUGUUCCAGUUUGAGAAUAUAAAGUGGCAGUACUCCGUGGACCAGGCCAAACAAAAGAAGAAAGAUAAAGACGAGGACAGGGAAGAAAAUGACCUCACAGAAGUUGCCUCCAGGUCUAGCACUCAGGUUUUCAGCCCAAGGGACUCGAUGUCCAGUAAACAAACUGUGGGUCAGGAGUCCCUGUUAAGUAAACCAUACAGGUCCCGAGUUUUCCUGAAGGACACCAGGGUACCUACAGAGGACGAGGAGAAAGUUCCACCUGGAGACUUGAUCAGGCGCUCAAAGAAAAAGCGCUGGCAAAUCCCCAUGUCACCGGACCAGUUCCUUCUCACGGUGAAUGCCCUGCAGCAGGCCCAUAAGUCAGGGGAGUUUGCCUAUCCCCGGAGGCCCCAAACCCAAGUCAUUGAUGCCUGGGGACCUUCAAUUUCACACCCAAGGAAGGUUCUGAAUUUCAAAGGAAUAUUGGUCCAACAGGCAGUUAAUAGGUUGCGACAUAGCAACCCACCCAUCGACGUGAAGCAAACCAGUAUUCCCCUGGAGAUCCAGAAACUGCAGCCCAACCUGAAGAACUCUUUGCACAGUCCCCGAGUCCAGUCCACCAUACCCCAGCCUGUGAUCGUCUACCCCAGAUUUGCUGGUGGCCUUAAGGGAGAAGACCAAGCGACCGGCCCCAUCGGCGGGACAGUGCGUAGCUGUAGCCCUUUAACCAGCCUGCAGGUCAUUAAACCGAACCGCAUGCUGGCUCCCUCCGUGGGCAUGCGAACCAAGUCCAUCAAGAAAGAUCGACCUCGUUUCUACACAACCCUUGAUCCCUUUAGAAUGAACACCGAGUUCAUGUUGUUGACCGUAAAGGAGGAGAAAGAGUAUAGGGAGGCCAAAAUGAAGGAGUUCCAGGCCAGAAAGCCCAGAGACGUGGUCAGUCCAGAAAAAGCUAGCAGAGCUGCCUGGAUCAGGAAGAUCCAAGGCCUGCCGAUCGAUCAUUUCAUGAAGCAAGGGAAGACAGCAGCCCCUGAACUUGGACAAAACGUAUUUAUCUGAACCAGCCUUGGGAAAUGAACAUCUUAGAAUAAACAGAGAACCCAAGAG